AUGACGCAGCUGGUUGCUGGACUGGUCACACUACAAGCUGCAGCUACUACGGUCCCGGCUGUACCACGGCCGAAGCCCAUCGCGCUGCCAUUUCAUGCCUUCAAUUCGGACGUCGAACGCUGGCCAGAACACAUCGCCCAGUUCGAGGCACACUCCGCUGCAUACAACAUACCAGAAUUGGACGCUUCGCGGCUUCCGCCAGCACGCCCGUGGCCCCACCGACUGCGCCUCCGCCGCCGCUGGCUGUGCCACCGCUGGCCUGGCCUGUCUCUGCCGGCGCCACGGCCCCGCCUCCGGCCGCCGCUGUCGCCACGGCCGCCUUCACGUUUCUCCGCAGUGCCGGAGCCGAUGUAUGCUGAGGCUGAGGCUGCCGUCACGCCGCCGCCGCCCACGGAGGUGGUUGCUCCGCCUCCUCAUCCGGGCAUACCCAGUGGCGGUGCGCGUUCCGGGCACGUUUUCGAAGGGGCGUUUUCCUCGCCCCCUUACGAGCAAUUCGGGGACACGGUUGGGCAGCACGCCCCGGCGGUUCCGCUGUCCGCCCCCUCAGUUGCGCCGCUCCUGGGUCCCUCCAGCCGCCGUCGGAAGCCCUAUUCCAUGAAGGUGCACCGUUUCAGGCGGGGAGGGGUGUGGUAUAGAUAG